AUUUUUUUAUUCUUUUUACAUUUAUUCUUUGUCAGGUAUUUUUGAUUGAUUUUUCAAUCAUUAAGAAAAUUGUGUUCACACGGAGUUAUUGUUCAUUAAGUCAAUGAAAUUAUUCUAUAGAGAUGAUUAUGCAAUUUCAUAUUAUUCGUUGUUUAUUCAAAUAUACAAUUUAUUAUUCACAUAGGAGAAGAAUAAAAUUUCUAUAUAUCAUCAGUAUACUUUUAUGUAUUAUUGGUGGGAUUUGGUUAUUGAUUAUAUUAUACUUUCAAGAUUAUCAAUUAUUUCAUUUUCCACCAAAUUACGACUUGUAUAAAAUCUAUGAAGAGGAAAGAAUAAGAAUGAAUUCAAGUUUAUCAUCUAUAUGGAAAAUAAUCUUUCCUUUAUCAUCUACAGAAUAUAAACUUAUGUGUAUGAUUAAAAAUCAUCCAUGUAAUAACAGUAAUAAUGAAUCGUUAUAUCAUACAGCUGAUAUUCUAUUCAUCAUUAGAUCACAUGUUAAUCAUUUUACUCAACGUCAAGCUAUUCGUCAAACAUGGGCUAAUCAAAAAUGCUAUGAAAAUUUUGGUAUUUAUAUAAGAAGUUUAUUUAUUCUUGGAAAAAUAAACAAUUAUUAUGAUCAAAUUAUAAACAUUAAAAUAGAUCAAUUGAAUAGAAAUAAUCAUCAUGAUGAUGAUAAUAUAAAGAAAUUAUAUUAUGAACAUUUUAAUUAUCAUGAUAUAAUUCAAUUUGAUUUCAUUGAUAAUUAUUCAAAUUUAUUAAAUAAAUGGAUUGGUAGUAUAGAUUUUAUUAUGAAAUAUUGUUUAACUAAUGAAAAAUCAUUUAUUAUCUUAAUGGAUGAUGAUUAUUUUUUACAUCCAAUGAAUUUAAUUCAAUUAUUACACGGGAUUACGCCAAGUCAGUAUAGAAUAUAUGCAUCUGGUCAAUUACAACAUAUCUCAUAUCCUAUACGUAUACCAUUCCAUAGUAGAUAUAUAUCAUUAACAGAUUAUCCAUAUAAUAUUUAUCCACCAUAUUUAUUUGGUGGUACUAUUAUCUUAAGUAUGCCUGUAGUUCAAUUAUUAUAUAUUGGUUUUCGUUAUAUUAAACAUAUCCCAUAUGAUGAUAUUAUGCUAGGUAUUGUAUUAUUGAAAUUUGGUAUUACUCCAAUUCAUUUAAAGCAUAUUUAUUCAACUUAUUCACCUGAUAUAUAUACACUUAAACAAAUCCCCUUCAUUAGUGUUCAUGGUUACAAUACACCAACAUCACUUAAUUCCUUAUGGUCAGAGUUAAAUAUGAAUUAUGUAUGCAGAAUGAAAAAAAUGUAAACAACAACAACAACAACAACAACUUUUUUAUGCAAAUUAAUUUUUCGAUGUUUUCUUUUUCUAUGAUAUAUUUUACUUUCAAAGGCGUAAAACUCAAGGCUUUUUUAUACUUAACAUUGAU